AUGUCAAACUCGGAUCGUGUGCCGUUUGGUGGCCCCAUUGGCGGUGCCAACGCAGCUGGAGAGGACGACCGCGCUGCAGUGCCCAUCUCCGAUGUCAAGACCAGCAAGGCGAAGCAGCGCCGACAGAAGAAGAAGCAGCAGAAGAAGCGCCGCAAACAGCUCGCCUCCAUCAUCGCCCUCGACGAAGCUGAGCAAACGAAAAAGGCCAAGUUUGAGGGUGGCAAGAAAAGGGGCAAGGAUGACGAUGAGAACGAGGUGACACCUGUCAAGCGAGGUGCCGUGGCAGCCGCAACAAACGGCAAGAAGGCGAAGACCGCGAAAGCUAGCGUCAAUGGCAACACCAAGAAGGGGGCAAAGGCAUCGAAGAAGAGCAAGGCAAAGAGCGGUGAAGCCGCAGCCCGUGUCAUGAAUGCUGACGAUGAUGACGAAGACGAAGACGAAGAAGAAGAUGUGACAGACAAGGACACCUUGCAACAGCACGACGACGACGACAACAAUCAUGAUGAUGAUGAUAAUGGGGAUGAUGACAGUGACUCUGAUGGCGCUGGUGGAAGUGGCGGUUUUGCUGGUCACGUGGGCGCCGCCAUGCACAUGCCAUCAUCUUCGCAGGUCAUGCCCCACUUCCCCCAGCCCAUCAGCGGGUGGUGGGAUGCCUGCCCAGCGGACGUGUUCGCGUUCCUCAUCCAGCCCAUCACACCACAGGUGUUCUUCAGCGAGUACUGGGAGAAGAAGCCGCUGCUUGUGCGGCGGAAGGAGCGCGGGCACUUUGACGGCCUCUUCAGCUCAGAGGCAAUCGACGCCAUCGUCAGACAGAACUACCUGAAAUACGGCGUGAACCUCGACCUCACAAAGUACGAGGACGGAGAGCGGACGACGCUGAAUCCUGACGGGCGCGUCCGUCCAAACGUCAUGUGGGCCAUGUUCGAGGACGGGUGCAGCGUGCGUGUGCUCAAUCCCCAGACGUUCCACCAGCCCGUGUGGAAGGCAAUCUCGGCACUGCAGGACUACUUUGGGUGCAUGGUUGGUGCCAACACGUACCUGACACCGAAAGGAACGCAGGGAUUCGCCCCGCACUACGAUGACAUUGAGGCGUUUAUCCUGCAGCUUGAGGGCGAGAAGCGGUGGCGGCUCUACGAUCAGCCCGAGGGCGUUCGCCUCCCGCGCCACUCAUCCCCAAACUACGAUGAGAGCGAGCUUGGCAAACCGUAUCUGGACGUCGUGCUGCGCCCUGGCGACCUCCUCUACUUCCCACGCGGCGUUGUGCACCAGGCCGUGAGCCUGCCCAAGAGCCACAGCCUGCACCUCACGCUGUCCACGUACCAGCUGUUUGACUGGGCGCAGUACAUGCAGAAGCUCGUGCCCCAGGCGCUGGCAAACGCCAUUGAGGAGGACGCGGACUUCCGGUCCGGUCUCCCGCGCAACUCUCUCGAUUACGUCGGACUCAGCAAAGUUGACGAGAACCCGCCGCAGCGCGAGAAGUUUAUCAAGCAGGCCAAGCGCCUUAUGGCAAAGCUGCCCGAGUAUGCGUCGUUUGACGCUGCGGCGGAUCAGGUGGCGGUCGAGAACAUCCACAACUGCAUGCCGCCCUGCCUCAGCCACGAGCAGCAGGCACUCAGCGGCCGGCUGCGUCCGCGCCGCGGGUUUGUGCCGAAACCGCUCAAGAUGAACUCGUUCAUCCGCAUCAUCUCUCCCCGCGCUGUCCGCCUGAUGGCUGAUGGCAACAACGCCUUGCUGUAUCACUCGUUUGACAACGGCAUGCACUACCACGCCGAGGAGCCGCAGUGCAUCGAGUUCCCGCUGGAUUUCGCCGAGGCCUUGGAGCAGAUUGUGAACAACAAGGAAUUCUUCCCCAUCCGCGCCCUCCGUGACAUCCCAGAGGAGAUGCAAUUGGACCUGGUGACAUCCCUGUAUGAUGCCGGACUCCUGCUCGUGCAGCCCAUGGACGAUGAGGACGAAGACGACGAUGAAGAUGAACGCGAUGAGAGCGAAGAGGAUGAGGAAGAAGAGGACGACGAUGGUGACGAGGAGGAAGAAGACGAUGCGUGA